AUGCGAGUGUUAGGAUCGGAUGCCUGGGUACAUGUACAGGAUGAGAAGCGUAACAAGCUGGACAGGAAGGCUAUGAAGCUGAAGUUCGUGAGCUACGCGGAGAACAGGAAAGCUUAUCGAUUUGUGAACACGACCACCGAUAGAAUUUUGAUCAGUUGUGAUGCUAAAUUUCCCGAACUGGAGAUGGAUUCGCAGGAGUCGGUGCGGGAAAUGGGUAAACCGAAGAAUACGGAAGUUGAAAUGACUCUUGGCAACAAUGCACCACCGGAAACGAAUCAGGAUGAAAAUUCUGAAACGGAAACUAAAGAAGAUUCGGAAGUGGAAACUGAAGAAGAGCCGGAUGAAACGAUGCGGCCAGAUGAAGGGGAAACGAUUUACUACAGUGCUUCAGAAAAUAAGUUCUUUGGUGCUGCGUCAACAAUACGGGGUGGAGGAGGUAUUCGCACCUGUUACCAGCCAAGCUUCGUUUCGGACGCUACUUGCCAUUGCGAGCAGGAAUAA